UUUACACAUUUUUAUAGACUACAUGUUCGUAGAAGUAUAUAAUAAGUUCGUUUACAGCUUAAAGCUUCAAAAUCUUAUUUCAGUUUCACCACUAUUGACCAACAACAACAUCUCUUCUCUCAGAUUCGGCCAAUGGAAAUUGUGCAAUCGGACCCAGCCCACGAUCCGGAAACCCGGUUCCUUCCACGUUGCUGCUCGUGUUUCCCCAGCUUCCGAUCAAGAAGCUCCACAGCCGUUGGAUACUCCUCCUCCUCCUGGGGAAGAAUCCGGACCGUUGAUGAUAAUCACGGCGUUGACCGUGGAGACGAGCGGCCGUGGUGGAAACGCGCGGCUCUGAAGAUCCGAGAGUGGUCUGAGAUCGUAGCUGGUCCACGCUGGAAGACUUUCAUUCGGCGAUUCAACCGCGAUCCGCGUCGCGGCCGCGGUUGGGACGCCGGCGAGAAGUUUCAGUACGAUCCUUUGAGUUACUCUCUGAAUUUCGACGGCGACGACGAGGAGGACGAGUACGUCGGGUUGGGCGGAUUCCGAAGCUUCUCCACUCGCUACGCUUCCGUUCCGGUCUCCUCUGGAAAAGCUCCGGCGUUGACGCCGCGUAACGAGAUAUUGGAGAGUUAGUGGGCGCGUGUACGAAACGCGGCGGCGACGGAAAAGGCUGUCAAGUUCGUUGACUGUCGCGUUAAUUGCGUUUCCUUUAAUUAUGUUUAUAAUAAUUAAAAAAUACUAUCAAAGUUGAAUUAUUUAUUUUUCAUCAUCGAAUUAAUUUUUUCAAGACGUUUUGGUUUUGUUUUAUUUGUUUCUUUUUUGGGGGAUACUGAAUUUGAAACGGUUGGUGCAAUGAUGUAAAUUAGCUGUACAGAUAUGUGGAAGUAAUCUUUAAGUUCA